AUGGUAUCUAAGCUUAUUUUUCUUACUAUCAUUUUCUACAUAGCGUUAAUCCAAUUGGAUUUAAGUGAAGGUAAAAUUUGUUAUCGAUGUGACGAAUUACAUCCAUCUGGCAAAUUCAAAUUUUGGGGUGAAAAGAUAACAAAAUGUAGUGGUGUUCCGUUUGACAAAUAUGCUACAAAGACUUCAAGAGCAUUUGGUGCUGCUGUUUUAACAUGCUAUACGAAAUUCAAUGAAUCAGGUGCCGUCAUUAAACGAGAUGCAUAUGGACUUGGUGAAACAUUUGACAAAAACGUCAAAUGUCGUGAUCGAUUUCAUACAUGCUGCAGAACACCCUUUUGCAACAAACAUAUGAAAGCACCUUGCCCUCCACCAGAAAAAAUAACACCAGAGAGAGAAGUAAAAGCAUGUUAUCAAUGUAAAGGUGAAGAACAAUGCAGACCACAAAAUCUUGAAGGAUCUGAAAUUCGUACUUCUGGUGCUUUUGGUGCCAAGAAUUUAUAUUGUUAUACGAAAUUCGAUCCAAAAACAGGUAUUGCUGUCGCCCGUGGAGUUAAUAAUAUGGAUCCUUUAAAUAAUAUGUGUGCUGCACUUAUUUCUAUUAAUAAUAUUCUACAAAAACGAAAACAAAUCAUGGAAGAUAUUUGUAUUGAAUCUAUUGCGAUUGAAAAAACAAAUAAAAAUAAACAAUUAUCUACAGAUGCAUCCAUCUCGUUAAAUAUAAACGAUAGUAAAUGUCAAACACCGACAGUAUCACAGUUCGAAUCAUUUACUAAUGAAAAUCAAAAUAAAAGUCAUCAUUUACAUUUUGAAUCAUUGACAGAAGACAAUUUUCAUUAUGCUCAUUUAUGCAAUCGAAGUAUUGAUGAAUUACCAAAUGUAAAUGUUUAUGAUAUCAAACAAUUAAAAUUGAUAAAUAUUCAUACGAUGCAAGAUUUACUUGGUCGUUUUCUAAUUCAUGAUACUCCUGAAGAAUUUUAUACUUUUCUCAUAAACACUUUUCAACUAUCUGAAAAAACAGCAUCAACCACUACUAAACUACUUCAACAAUGGACAAAACAUAAUAUAGAUGCUAUCAUAGAUAACAAAAAUAUUGAUUCGAUGAAAAUAGUUAAUUAA